CAUUUUAAAAAAAUGUAGCGAAGAGAAUAGUACCGUUUUGAAGGGACAGCGCAUAAAACCCUGAUUUGAAGGUCUGGGUAAAUAACCCAUUUCAUUCUGCAAGGUGAAAGCAUUUCAAGUGCAGGCAUGGCGUUGGCUUCUCUAGUGAUUCCGCGCACGACACUAUCUCAUACCUCUGCACGCCUUUGUCUCCUUGGCAAUAAACAACGUGCAUUUGCAUUUUCAUUCGCUUCGGCGCCCGGAAAUUCUUCUGCUGUUAACCCUGCGGCUACUUUUAGCGGCCUACAAAGGGAUGCUAGAAAAUUUGAGGGGGCCCAAAAGUUCCCUCGGCCAGAAACAAUACCAUGGCAGGAGGAGUUAGCCAACAAGGUCCAGUUGAUAGGAUUCAUAGGUGGCCCCGUUGAGUUGAGAUAUACGAGUACAGGGAAAGCUUUUGUUUCGACUAAUCUUGCAGCCAAAUUAAAUAGCAAGACAUCGGAACCUACUUGGUUUGCUUUAAAAUUUUGGCACGAGAUGGCAGAAAUUGCAGCUGAACAUGUGAAGACAGGUGAUAAAGUGUAUGUCUCAGGUUACAUGAAUCAUGAUGCAACUGAGGAUGAUAAGAAUACACGGACAAUGAUUAAGGUUGUGGUUAGCUUGCUGAAUUUUGUUGAACGAGACCCUUCUUUUGGACCACACACAGAUGCAAACAUGAAUUCUUCUCUUUUAGGUUCACCAUGCAUUGAUGCAAACAUGAAUUAUUCUAUUUCAGGUUCACCACAAGAGGGUAUAAAUAUGAAACAUGCUAUUUCAGGUUCACCACAAGAGGGUAAAAAUAUGAAACAAGCUAUUACGGGUCCACCGCAAGAGAGUACAAAUAUGAAACAGGCUAUUUCAGGCAGCAAGGUUAUGGGGACAGAAAAGUUGUGGGAGGCAUUUUUUCUUAAUCCAACUGAAUGGUGGGACAACAGAAAGGAUAAGAGAAAUCCAAAAGCUCCCGAUUUCAAGCACAAGACUACAGGUGAAUCACUAUGGAUUGAAAGUUAUGGUAACCCAUCAUGGGUUAAAUCUCAGUUAGACAAACUGGAUGAUGAAAGCAGCAAGGUUAUGGGGACAGAAAAGUUGUGGGAGGCAUUUUUUCUUAAUCCAACUGAAUGGUGGGACAACAGAAAGGAUAAGAGAAAUCCAAAAGCUCCCGAUUUCAAGCACAAGACUACAGGUGAAUCACUAUGGAUUGGAAGUUAUGGUAACCCAUCAUGGGUUAAAUCUCAGUUAGACAAACUGGAUGAAAGUAUGAGUUUUUCACAUCAACAAACGAAUCCUAAGAAGUCAUUAUCAUCAUUUGGGGACAGUGAUUUCAACCUUUUCUAAGGGCUGACUGUUUGACAAGGAAAGUUUGAUGUGCAAAUGCAAUGUUAUAUACUGUGGGCAGGGGAAAUUUGGAGCGCUGGAAUUUUCCUUUACAAGAAUAGAAGAGUUGUGAAUCUUUUGUCAUUGUAUGAAAUGUAUAUGCUACACAAGAAAUUCAGGAAAACGGAAAGUUGAUGUGAAUUUGUAAAUUUUGGGGAAUAUCUAUAAACUUUAUGUGCAUUUAUAACUUGGCCUGAUUUGCGGAAAGGUUGUUAAUUGGUGCAAAUUGAAAGGCCAGAAAUAUUUCUCUGACUGCAUAUUGAAACUAACGCCAUUAUAUUUUAUUGUGUAGUUUAGAAGACGGCCUUAGUUAAACAUUAAAAUUAGUCUUCUCAGUAUAAUUAUUGCUGUUUACUUGAGUUUCUAAAGUGGAACUUGUUUUUUUCUUUCU